AUGCCGCCGGCUCACCAACACCAUCGUCCGUUCGAUGCCCGUCGCGACAAGCGGCCCUCGACUGCCGGCACUCCCAACAAGCACGCCCCGAACGAGCCUCAGGUCAUCUCCUCCUUGAUCGCUUCUCUCGACCAAAACAAUUCCCCCAUCACGCACGCUUCCUACGCCUACGUCUCGACCUCGGACCAAUACGACGACGAUGGCGCAUUCUAUACCAGUCCCGACCUGCGCCCACCCUUGAAACACAGCCAAAGUUUUGGCAUGGACUACGGCGCCUACCGCCGGCCAGUCCGACAUCACGACUACGAUAGCGACGGCGCCGACUUCCCUGUCGUCCCUACCACAAGACGCCCUUCGGCAAAAUCUGCACAUACUGCACCGCCGUCACCGAGCCUGAACGGCUUGCGAGAGAUACUGCGUUCCGCCUCCAAGACCUCCCUGUCUUUGAACGGUCUUGACAAGCUCAGUCGCAGCAAUAGCAGGAUGAGCGUCGAGAGUCGCUCCAGAAAGCAGUCAUUGUCCUCUCCUACAGAGCUGUCCCUGGACGCGACAUCCCCGACAGAAAGACUUGGCCGCAGACUGUCACUUCGUCAGGCUUCGCGCGAGACACUCAAGUCUUACAAGGAUCCUCAACACCUGGCCGACCAAGCUCUGUUGAGCUCGAAUCUGGGCUCUGAAGCCAAGGAUUCUGGUAGAAAGAGUUCGAAGGGGAGACUAUACUUGGAAGAUGUGCUUGAAGACAUGGCUACACCCAGUCCCAACAUGGCAAUGACCCGACCACCGUCUGCCAACGCUCGCCCUUCGAGCAGCAGAGGUGCUUCGUUCAAGGCUGCAGCUGAGACUCUGUCCGUCAGUAACUCGAGAAGCACUCUGCCAACCUCUCACAGCGGCCCAAUGGCCACCAUCAUCCCUCCAAGAUCUUCUUCCCUGAACAGGCUCUCCAGCCCUACCAAACCCAAAGGCAAGAAACUCAGCAAAGGCAAACGCGCCUUGGCUGCCCUCAGGNAGGUCAAGGAGGAGCGUGGUCCUCGGCGCAAGUCAAAAGCUGAUGCGCCCAAAGACAUGUUUGACGGCCUGGACGAACAAGACGAGACUGUGUUGCGCAUCAAACAACUGCGUCAACAAAAGCACAGCGAGNAUCGUCUCCGCAUGGAAUCUGAUGAGGCUCUGCAGACACAGAACGGUAAGGGGCUCGUGCACGACUCGGCAAGCUCUUCGGGCUCGAGAUUGCCGGAUCCGCAAAAGCGACCCGCCAAUAGAGGCCCCGCCAGAGUCCCUGAUUUGACCAAGGCUCACCGCAUGCUCGGCCUCGACGAACUAUCACACAACGCUUCCGUGGUUCAAACCAAAGACACCGCAACGGCUUCCCCUUUUGACAGUGACGUUCGCAGUCAACCUAGCGUCGCCCGUGACUCUCCCAACGUCUCUGCAAAUCUGUCUUCUUUUCCUCCCGACUCUCCUACCAUCGGGAAUGCCUUUUCUACCUCGACCGACUAUUACCGUCCCUUCCAUACCCAGAUUGCCAAUGGUGCAGAGAGGCAACCAUAUGAUUCAUCAGAGGUCGCUAGACGCGCUGUGGCUAGGAAGUCAACCCACUCUCACCUGCUGAACGGCCUUGACAUUGAAGGUCUCGACAUGUCACCACCCGGUACCGCUCAUUCAUAUUCCACAAUUCAAUCGCGUCCGAGAUCAAGUCGACGAAUAUCAUAUGAUCCCAGAUCUCGACGAAAAUCUAUGAGUGAUGCUCGUGAGAAUCGUCUCCUCGAAGAUGACAUACUGCAUGAACGAAGCAGUAAUGUUUCUAUGUCAGUCAACGCCUUUUUGAACAAUCCGCGGUUGAACCAAAAGAUAGCACAUCCUCAGACUGGCCGCAUCAUCUCCUUCUCUGAAGUUGGUGACCCGAACGGACAUGCAGUCAUUGUCUGCGUUGGCAUGGGUCUUACACGUUUUGUGAGCGUUUUUUAUGAUGACCUAGCGUCUUCCUUGGGUCUUCGACUCAUCACGCCCGAGAGACCGGGUGUCGGUGCGAGUCAAGCCUAUCGGGACCGAGAUCAUAUUGGACCCCUAGCCUGGCCUGAUGAUGUGGUUACCAUAACUCACCACCUCGGUAUCUCUGAAUUCAGCUUGAUCGCGCAUUCUGCCGGUGCGAUAUACGCUUUGGCAACUGCCUUGAUACUGCCGGAUAGUGUACGCGGCAAGGUACAGCUCCUUGCGCCUUGGAUCCCACCUUCUCAGUUCGAGAACAUCAGCCAGAAGGACAGAUCACCUGACGAUGUACCAAUGGCGGCUUUGACAAGGGGUCAACGAUUUCUUCGAGUUCUGCCUGUGCCAUUUUUGAAGGCCGCGAAUGGCAAUUUAUUCUCUCCGGCAUCUCUGAAGCCAGCCAGUGCUAAUAGAGGAGAUGGACCGCCCACAUCUAGCUCAGACAGUCCUCGCGGCGGUCUUCGUAGGAGGAAUUCCAACCGGCGGCCGAAUGCCAUAAGACGAGAGAGCAUGAUCCUUAUGGAUCAAGUUAUACCCGAGAGGCCCAGGGAUACUAUGUUCCCUUUGCCCGAGCUAUGCGAGGAUGAGAAGNGGGAUAAGACCGUCCGCAAACCUUCCGAAAUCUCUCUCAAGUUGUCUGCGACAGCAUCUCCCAUGGACCCUGGACUCAUGUUCGCAGCCGAGGCACUCAGCGCUGCCGAACACGCGGCAAAGGAACACCAAGCAGCGUAUUCCGCUCUUCUGACGGAGAGGACUUGGACUUUGGCAACGCGAGACGCGAAUCCUGCUACUGAUUUGAUCGUCUGUCUUGAGCGACACCGAAAUAUCGGAUUCAAAUAUGUGGAUGUGCACAAANAGGUGGUGAUUACACAUGGCAGCGAGGACAAACGCGUGCCUGUGGAGAAUAUUCGAUGGCUCGGCGAUCAGAUGAACAAACACAAUACGCUACACUGGAGUCUGCAAGACAAAAACGCGGAAGCAAACGAUGGCGGUUGCGAGAUUCGCGUCUUGCCUGGCGAAGGCCAUGGAUUGAUGGCUCAUCCCGGUGUCAUGUCUGAUGUCCUGUCCGACAUAUCGAGCGGAUGGAGUCCGACAAAAUGGUUGAUGUUUUGA